CCCGAGCGACGCUUUCGGAGUUGGCUGUGAUGGCGACUGCAAUGGCUGCGACGGCGGCGGAGCGGGCAGUUCUGGAGGAGGAGUUCCGGUGGCUGCUUCACGACGAGGUCCACGCUGUGCUGCGCCAGCUGCAGGACAUUCUCAAGGAAGCCUCUUACCGAUUCACUCUGCCCGGGACCGGAACAGAAGGACCAGCCAGACAAGAGAACUUCAUCCUUGGCAGCUCAAGCACUGACCAGGUGAAGGGUGUGCUGACUCUGCAAGGGGACGCACUGAGCCAAGCGGAUGUGAAUCUGAAGAUGCCCAGAAAUAACCAGCUGUUACACUUUGCAUUCCGAGAAGACAAGCAGUGGAAACUGCAGCAGAUCCAGGAUGCCAGGAAUCACGUUAGUCAAGCAAUUUAUCUCCUUGCCAACCGGGAUGAGAGCUACCAAUUCAAGACAGGAGCUGAGGUCCUCAAGCUAAUGGAUGCAGUGAUGCUGCAGCUAACCCGAGCACGAAAUCGGCUCACCACUCCAGCUACACUCACCUUGCCCGAGAUCGCCGCCAGUGGCCUGACGAGGAUGUUUGCUCCUGCUUUGCCUGCAGACCUUCUGGUGAAUUUUUACAUCAACCUUAAUAAACUCUGCCUUACCGUGUACCAGCUGCACUCUCUGCAACCCAGCUCCACCAAGAACUUCCGCCCUGCAGGGGGUGCUGUACUUCACAGCCCGGGCGCCAUGUUUGAGUGGGGUGCCCAACGCCUGGAGGUGAGUCACGUGCACAAGGUCGAGUGUGUGGUUCCCUGGCUCAAUGAUGCCCUCGUCUUCUUCACUGUCUCCCUACAGCUCUGCCAGCAGCUCAAGGACAAGAUCUCAGUCUUCUCCAGCUACUGGAGCUACAGGCCCUUCUGACCAAGAGAAGCCUCUGACAAAUUUCUCCCAAUAAAGAAGGUGCCUAGUCCAUGGAUUUGGUCCCUAAGAAGACUGAGCCAACCCCCAGGAGUGAGUCCCUGGAGGAUGCAAUAUAGACAAGGUGCAGCAUGCAGCUGGCUCUGCGUGGGUACAGUGCAUUAUUUAUUUCCCUCAUGGCCCCCAGGCUUUGAGAGGCCCUCUCUGCCUGUUAGAGUUGCAUGAAUGAUAACAAACACUGGACGUGGGUCUGAGGCCAGAAUGGGACAUGAAGGGAACUCUUCAGGUACAACUGCAUUGGUGAUGGAGGCCAGUGCUGGGGAGCCCUGGGGCCCCAGAGACUGAGGACGCGUGUUAUGAAGAUUGGAAUCCAAAGGUUGAGGUUGAACGGCGGCCAGAGGGCCAGCCCUGCAUUCCUACCGCCAGCUUCCUGGGAUGUUGAUAACCUUUGGACCCAGAGGGAAGGAGGAGCCCAGGCUGAAGUGCUCUAGUUCUUUUCCCUCUCCUCAACACCAGAGCUUCCUCUGAGAACCACAGUCCCCACAGCUCUGUGGAGACAGUACUGCAGACUGGGGGGGGGGGGGGG